AUGAGGGCGAUUCACGGGUUAGGAAGGACCGUAGAGGCUUACUACAACGGUUCCAAUUUGGGCGAGACCAUCGAAGUAGAUCACCCGGCGGCGCACCCGGCCGAGAAACCCGGCGUCAGACUACACGCUUUCGACGGCGUCGAAGAGCCCUCCUCCAUCAUCCUCACCCACAACGACGACCUCAACCCGGGCCCUGUAUCGCCCUCUGGGAGCUCCUCGGUAACGCCCUUCAGAGUCCUUCCUCGCUGGAACGGUUCGUGCCGUCUACGGGAAAGAGAGAUCAUCACCACCCCGGGGGAUCAUGACGGGGGACACCGAACCGACAAUCACUUCUUCUGGGAUCUGGCCACUCACAUUUUCCGCUUCAGGCCGGGUUACGACCCGGCGGCGGAUGAGCAGGGCCUGGGACCGAUCCAUACGGUUGAUGAGAGGGGGUCGGUGGUUAAGCAUAUUAACGCUGUCAAUUCAUGGGUUUACGCUGUUUAUUCGCAACCUGGGUAA